AUGAAAAUGGAAGAAGAGAUCAUAGACUAAGCAGAUAAAAAAGCUCCUUUUAUCCACUUAAAAAAAAACAUCGAUUGGUCUACAUAAAAUUAUAUAGAUGAUUUGUUAUAAUAAUUUAACUAAAUUUAAGACUACUCUAAAGGAAGUAAUGAAAUGGAGAUAAAUGAAAAUUCUAAUAAAAGCGAAGCAAAGAAAUUUAAGACAAUAAAAAUUUUAGAUAUUUUAAACAAAGGAGAUAUACAAAACUGA